AUGACCUUCUUCCUUGUGCUCGAUGUCUUGCUUGCUGUAGUUGGUGUUUAUCUUGUCAAAAAUAUCAUAUCGCGCCCGUCAACCGCCCCUUAUCCGCCGGGGCCCAAGGGCUUACCCUUGGUCGGGAAUGCGCUAGAUAUGCCGACAUCUCAGGAGUGGAAGACUUACGCACAAUGGGGAAACCGUUGGGGUGGACUUGUUUACAUCAACGUGCUCGGUCAACCCUUCAUUAUUGUCAACUCUUUGCAGACGGCCAUAGAGAUGCUUGACAAGAAGAGCUCGAUAUACUCUGACCGGCCCUUUUUCCGAUUCAGCAGCGAGAUUGUCGGAUGGCUCAACACGCUUGCUCUGACACCAUAUGGAGAUCGCUUCAGGGAUUAUCGACGAAUGCUGCACUCCGUCAUCGGGACCAGAAUGGGCAUUGGGAAUUUCCAUAUUGUCGAGGAACAGGAGACGCAUCGCUUCUUGCGUCGAGUGCUUCAGACGCCAGAUGAGAUAUCAGGGCACAUUCGGUGGGCAGCAGGCGCGAUCAUCCUUCGCAUUUCGCAUGGCUAUCCUGUGAAAGACAACGAGGAUCCUUUUAUCACGAAUGCCGAUAUUGCGGUGGAUCAGUUCUCUAAAAGCGCGAAGCCAGGUGCAUUCUUGGUGGAUUUUAUCUCGUGGUUGAAAUAUGUACCAGAGUGGUUCCCUGGCACGCAGUGGAAGCAGGUAGCGAAAGCCUGGAAGAAGGAUCUGAGCACGAUGGCGGACGAGCCUCACGAUUUCGUGAAGAAUCAGAUGGCGUCAGGUGCUGCCUUACCUUCUUUUACUGCUACCCAGCUCGAACGACACUUGACUCCGGAACAAGAGUUCAAUGUGAAAUGGGCUGCUGCCUCUCUUUACUCGGGUGGCGCAGACACUACCGUGUCCUCUAUAUACAGUUUCUUCCUAGCGAUGACUCUUCACCCGGACGCGCGGAACAGGGCACAAGCAGAGAUUGACGCUGUCGUUGGCCGUGACCGUCUCCCGACCUUCGCCGAUAGGGAACACCUACCUUACACUGAAGCGCUUGUCCAGGAAGUUUUCAGAUGGCAGCCAGUGGUUCCGAUGGGCUUGCCACACAGGCUUAUCCAGGACGACGUACAAGAGGGAUAUAUUAUAAGAAAGGGCACAGUGGUCUUCACUAACAUCUGGAAAUUUCUUCAUGACGAGGAAACCUACCCGGAUCCUAUGUCAUUUGAUCCCGAGAGAUUCUUGGGGCCGAAACCACAGAUGGACCCUCGAACUGUCUGUUUUGGCUUCGGGCGGCGUAUCUGUCCAGGCCUGAACCUUGCAGAUGCAUCGGUGUUCAUAUCUUGCGCGAUGACACUAGCGGUGUUCGAUAUCACGAAGGCAGUCGAGAACGGUGAUGUCGUCGAACCAGAAGUUGAGUAUACUAGCGGAACUAUUAGCCAUCCAAAGCCAUUCAAGUGUUCCAUCAAACCUCGUUCGGAGAAGGCGGUCACACUGAUACUGUCUGAUGGUCUUUUCGGUGAUGUCUGAGUAUAUUGUCUGCUCGU